AUGGAUUACAAAACAGACAGACAGGCAGAAGCUAAAGACAACCAAUGGAUUACAGGACAGACAGUGGGAGAAGUCAACCAAUGGAUUACAGGACAGACAGAGGGAAAAGACAACCAAAGGAUUACAGGACAGACAGUAGCUAAAGACAACCAAUGGAUUACAGGACAGACAGAAGCUAAAGACAACCAAUGGAUUACAGGACAGACAGAAGCUAAAGACAACCAAUGGAUUACUGGACAGACAGAAGCUAACGACAACCAAUGGAUUACAGGACAGACAGAGGGAGAAGACAACCUAUGGAUUACAGGACAGACAGAAGACAGACAGAGGGAGAAGACAACCAAUGGAUUACAAGACAGACAGAAGCUAACGACAACCAAUAGAUUACAGGACAGACAGAGGGAGAAGACAACCAAUGAAUUACAGGACAGACAGAGGGAGAAGACAACCAAUGGAUUACAGGAUAGACAGAAGCUAACGACAACCAAUGGAUUACAGGACAGACAGAGGGAGAAGACAAGCAAUGGAUUACAAGACAGACAGAAGCUAACGACAACCAAUGGAUUACAGGACAGACAGAGGGAGAAGACAACCAAUGGAUUACAGGACAGACAGAGGGAGAAGACAAUCAAUAGAUUACAGGACAGACAGAGAGAGAAGACAACCAAUGGAGUACAGGAUAGACAAAGGAAAAAGACAACCAAUGGAUUACAGGACAGACAGAGGGAGAAGACAACCAAUAGAUUACAGGAUAUACAGAGGGAGAAGACAACCAAUGGAUUACAGGACAGACAGAGGGAGAAGACAGCCAAUAGAUUACAGGACAGACAGAGGGAGAAGACAACCAAUGGAUUACAGGAUAGACAAAGGGAAAAGACAACCAAUGGAUUACAGGACAGACAGAGGGAGAAGACAACUAAUAGAUUACAGGAUAGACAGAAGCUACAUGUAACGACAACCAAUGGAUUACAGGCUCUCCAAAAGCAAUUUUAA